AUGGCAGCGUUCAUGGUAGUCACAGACGAACAGGUGCGUCGAAAUUUACGCAGAACGCGCGUGUUCCAGGACAGGCAGAAUCCACUUGAUGCUUAUGACGACAUCAAUAUUAUCCAUCGUUACCGAUUAGACAGAAUGACCAUCAUCAGUAUUAUUGACAUGGUUGAAGAUCGUCUAGAGAGACCAACAAAAAGAUCUGGGAGUCUUCCAGCCUCUUUGCAAGUGUUUGCUGCUUUAAGAUUCCUUGCUUCUGGCUCCCAGCAGAGAGUGAUUGGAGACACUCUGGGAAUAUCGAAGGCAUCUGUUUGCAGGUCUAUAGACGAUGUUAUCAAUAUCUUGUGUCGGACAAUGACCAACAUCAAGUUUCCGACUGGUGAUGCCGAGACAACAAGGACGAAGUUUGGUUUCCAUGCAAUCGCAAUGAGUGCUGUACCGAAAAGGUCAUUUCUACUAGAGAUGAAAUAA